AUGAAGAAGUCUUGCAGGAUCUCUGUUUGUUCCCGUGGCUUCAACAGAUCGUGUUGUGGCCGUGCCUGCAUGCAUGUGGUUGCAGAGAAAUCUUUUUCACACUUCCAAGGAACGCAUGCGCGGAGAGGAAACCAACUGGUUUGUGUCAAGUCGGAGGCAGACGGAUGUGAUCGAGCUGAAAAUCACCUGUAUUCUGGCAUUCAUGGUGACACAUCCAUGGGCUCAGAGCGGGCGGAGAUGCGCAAGAGACAGAUGCAGGUUCAUCAGGAAGCAGCUGCCAGUGUCCUCCAAGCGCGCCACAAAAUGGGAAACACCCCCACCAACGCUUCAAACGCCUGCUGCUUCUGCUGGUGCUGCUGCUGUAGCUGCUCCUGCUUGACUGUUAGAGGUGACGAAGAAACCAUACAGAGGUCAACAUUUGAGCAGCAGCCAGAAGGAAACUCCAAUUGUGAAGAAAGCCCAAAACCCACUGCGGACGAAGCUCGCUCCUGGGCGGUGUCGUUUGAGAAGCUGAUGAAAAGUGCAGCUGGGCGAAGCUGCUUCAGGCAGUUCCUGAGGACGGAGUUCAGCGAAGAGAACAUGAUGUUCUGGCUUGCUUGCGAGGAUCUGAAAAAAGAGACGAAUAAGACUGUGGUGGAGGAGAAAGUCCGCCAAAUAUACGAGGACUUCAUCUCCAUUCUGUCCCCAAAAGAGGUCAGCUUGGACUCCCGAGUACGAGAGGUGAUAAACCGCAACAUGCUGGAGCCGACCUCAUGCACAUUCGACGACGCUCAGCAGCAGAUCUACACGUUGAUGCAGAGAGACUCGUACCCUCGCUACAUAAACUCGCCAGCGUACACAGAUCUACUGAACAGCUUGGAGGAGCCUCCUCCCGAGCCAUAAACUCUCUCCACUGCCACACCGUUAGCUUUUCAGCGCAUGCAUCCCCCCCAAACACACACAUACUGAAACAAAAGGAGGAGCUUUUGUGUAAAAAGUCAGAGACCUGCUAUUUAGAGAAAGACAGACAGGAAAAUGAACCCAGCUGAAAGCCAGUCUUUAUCCAGCUGAUAACUGCUGUUUAUUUCCGCAUGAUUAGUGGAUUUCCUAAUCGUUCAGAGCAACCAAGAACAAAAGCUAGGUUUGGCAUCUGUUACUGUAUUUGUUCAGAAAACAUAUCUAUAUUUUUAUACAUAUAUAAGUAUAUAUAAAUAUAUUCCCUAGCGCUUGACAUUGCACUUUUCUACCUUAUUUAAAGCGGGAAAGCAUGUAUCUGUGAGCACUGCAUUUGUAUUUAGGUAUAUUGUGAGCCUUAAUGCAUAUUCAGUUCUUGUAGAAACUUGUAGGUUUUAUUUAAAUGUACCUUAGGAAGAAAGGAAAGUGCCUUGGAUCAACAUCUUCUACACAAGCACCUUUUAGUCCGACGUGAACGGUGCGACAAUGACUUCACAUGUUGGUGCUUUCAGCUCUUCUCAAAGAUAUAUAUAUGAAAGGUUUUUACAACUCGAUGAGCUGAUACCCAGAGAUCGAUCUUGUCUGCGUGUUUCAAAACUGUGAUAUUAGUUAUAUAUUUAAUUUCAACAGAACAGGGAAAAAUAUGCUGAAUACAUGACCAUGAACACUGAUAUAUUUAUGUACGAUUAAAAAAAAUAAGGGGAAUUUGUGUGAAAUAGCUAUUUGAAUUCUCACAAAUUAAAUAAAGCACAAUCAUUUGUUCUUGUUCUCAUUUGAUAUGAGCA